AUGCCAUCUGAUGUGGAAAAAGUGGUAGAAACAUAUGAUGAGAUUGAAGUUACUGGAGAGUCUAAAAAAACUACGGAUAAGGAAGCGGAGGUAACCCAAAAGGUUGUUCCCAUGCCUAGACCUCCACCUCCUUUCCCACAGAGGUUAGUGAAAAAGACCGAAGAAGGAAAAUACCACAGGUUUAUAACUAUGUUAAAACAGCUUUCCAUCAAUGUCCCAUUGAUAGAAGCUUUGGAGCAAAUGCCUGGGUAUACAAAGUUCACGAAGGACAUGGUGACCAAAAAGAGGGCUGUCAAUUGUGAGAAUGAUGAGAGGAUGCACUUUACAAAGGCCUUAUGUGGUUUAGGAGCCAUCAUUAAUCUGAUACCAUUGUCUAUCUACAAGAAGUUGGGUUUAGGGGCUCCAAAAUCGGCUGCGAUGCAACUACUCAUGGCUGAUAGAACUGUGAAGAAGCCCAUUGGUGUUUUUCAAGAUCUCAUUGUGAAGGUGGGAUCAUUCAUCUUUCCGGUGGACUUUGUGAUACUUGAUUGCGAAGUUGACUUUGAGGUUCCCAUCAUCUUAGGGAGAUCAUUCCUCGCUACGGGGCAUGCCUUAGUUGAUAUGCAAAAAGGGCAAAUGAAGUUCCGACUGAAUAAUGAUGAGGUGACCUUUAACAUCUGUAAAUCUAUGAAGCAGGAAAGUGAUCUUAAUUCGGUAUAUGUAGUGAGUCACAUUUUCGAAAAAGGUGUUGAAUUGUCCAAUAGGGAGAAGUUAGGUUCAGCCCUGUGCACAACAAAAGAGCACCAUGAUCAAAAGUCAGAAAAGCGCAAACUAGCUCUUGGGGAUCUGGUGUUGUUGUUUAAAUCAAGGUUGCGCUGGUUUCUGGCAGAUCCAAGUCCCAAUGGACCGGACCAUUCAAAGUGA